CAAACCUGAAUCAAUAUUCUCCAUUCAUGGCUUCUUCUAAGUCUUCUCUUUUUCUUCCUCUCCCCCUCCUCUUCCUUCUCCUGCAAAUCCAAACAUGUCUCUCUUCAUCGCAAACACAAAACCCACUCCUACUGUCUCUAAAAACACAGACACAAACACAAACACCCUCACGUAAGCUCUCUUUCCAGCAUAAUGUAACACUAACUGUCUCACUAACCGUAGGCUCACCCCCACAGAACGUUACCAUGGUCCUCGACACAGGGAGUGAACUCUCCUGGCUCCAUUGUAAACAACUCCCCAACCUAAACUCAACCUUCAACCCUCUGCUCUCAUCCUCAUACACCACAGCUCCAUGCAACUCAUCCAUAUGCAACACCAGAACUCGUGACCUUAUCCUACCCGCUUCCUGCGACCCCGACAAACUCUGCCACGUCAUCGUCUCCUACGCCGACUCCUCCUCCGUCGAGGGCACCCUCGCCGCAGAAACCUUCUCCAUCGGUGGCGCAGCACAACCGGGAACCUUGUUCGGGUGCAUGGACUCCGCCGGGUACACCUCCGACGCCGACGAGGAUUCCAAAACCACAGGUCUCAUGGGGAUGAACCGAGGCUCUCUCUCGCUGGUCACCCAAAUGGGGCUCCCCAAAUUCUCCUACUGCAUCUCCGGGAAGGACGCCUCCGGAGUCCUCCUUCUGGGAGGCGGAGCCGCCGCCGCGCCGUGGCUGGGGCCGCUUAAAUAUACACCUUUAGUCACGGCAACAACCUCGUUGCCGUACUUUGACCGCGUGGCGUAUACGGUCCAGCUCCAGGGGAUCAAGGUUAGGGAGAAACUUCUGCAACUUCCGAAGUCGGUGUUCUUGCCCGAUCACACAGGGGCGGGUCAGACGAUGGUGGAUUCGGGUACCCAGUUCACGUUUCUUCUCGGGUCGGUUUAUUCGGCAUUGAAAGAUGAGUUCUUGGAGCAAACAAAGGGGGUGCUGACCCGAAUUGAGGACCCGGAGUUUGUGUUUGAGGGGGCGAUGGACUUGUGCUACCACGCACCAGCGAGUUUGGCGGCGGUUCCGGCAGUGACGCUGGUGUUUGAUGGGGCGGAGAUGAAGGUUUCCGGGGAGAGGCUGUUGUAUAGGGCGAGGAAGGGGAGUGAUUGGGUUUAUUGCUUCACUUUUGGAAACUCUGAUUUGUUGGGAAUUGAAGCUUACGUGAUUGGGCAUCAUCAUCAGCAGAACGUGUGGAUGGAGUUUGAUUUGGUCAAAUCUAGAGUGGGGUUCACCGAGACAACGUGUGACCUCGCCAGUCAACGGUUGGGCCUCUCUCCUUAGAUCUUGGACACUCGUUUAUAGCCGUUUGAUUAUGGGAUUUAUUUUUUUGUUUACUGAGUAUAAUCAUUAAUCAAUUAUCAACCCUCGGAUUAGAGAUACUGCUUAGAGAAACACUAAAAUCAUCUUAUAGAAUUUGGACUCUUCAACUUUACAGGUAAAGUUCGCCUACGGUUUCAUUCUACUUCAACAAAGAGUGAAUCAUCUUAUACAAUUUGCACUCUUUUGUUUUUCUUCCUUUCUUUUAAUAAUAGAAGUAAAACAAAUUCUUCUUUUGCUUAA